GUGACUUUGACACGCGACCACGUGUUUCCCGCAUGUUAGUUUCAUAUUGAAGGUGAAGCGUCUGUGUACCAGCGGCAGUGUCGGCCUCCUCAUACAAUCAGAAGAUGUCAGCCCUGUCUGCUGCCAGCGUCGAGUCUGCAGCUGUGACUGAGAGCACACAGCAGAAGAAGCCACUGAAGCCAUGCUGCGCAUGUCCAGAAACAAAAAAAGUCAGGGAUGCUUGCAUCAUUGAAAAGGGAGAGGAAAACUGCAGGGACCUUAUUGAGGCACACAAAGACUGCAUGAGGGCACUUGGAUUCAAGGUCUAACUAGUUCUUCUGUGCGUGCUUGUGUGUGUGUUGCUGUGUGUGGAAGGUGACCCUGGGUAUUUGUUUCUUCGCUCCCCCCCCCCUUGCACUCCUUAUUUAUACCUUUUGUUGGAUUAACUGUGCGAAACUAUUUUUUCAAGUCUGCAAAAUCUGAGAAAUUCUGAUGUGAAAUUGAAUAAAAAUCCUAUGCAAUAAA